UUUCUUUUCUCUUCUAGCCAUUUUUCAUUUCCGCACCCUCCUUUCAUCUCGCUUCAUUCCUUUCAUCAUCUCCAUUUCCAGUCCUCUCCUUUCACAAUGGCCAAUUCACGAUUCACUAUGAGCCGCGAUCGUCUGGCGGAACUGCGGGGUGUCAAUAACGAGAAAGGUUAUGAUCGUUUGAGUGACGAUUAUGAUAUGCCGCCUCCUCUUCCUAAUGCGCCUUCAUCCUAUCGUGCUUCACCUUCUGCUGGUCAGCGGUCGGCACGAUACGACGACACCACUUACCGGCCACCCGCUCCUCCGUCUCCCGCCUACAAUCACUCCGUCCGUGGCGAUCGUCAUACCAGCGGAAAAGAACAAAUCGAGAUGCAGCAGAUCCACGGAGACGGAUUGGUUUCCACUGAAGCCUUUUUCACCGAGGUGGAGGAGAUCAAAGAAUUGAACAAAAGAAUCAAUCAGAAUAUCUCGGAUAUCGAGGAAUUGCACAGUAUUUCACUGACCAAUUUUAGUGAGGAGCAGACGGCCGAAAACUCACGACGGCUGGAACUACUCGUGAGUCAAACCGCUAAGCUUAAUAACGAAGCGAAAAAACGGAUCAAGGCAAUGGAGCUAAGCAAUGCUCGUUUGCCCUCCACCACAGGCGAUUUGCCUAUGCGAAAAACACAACAUGCCGCCCUGAAAAAACGCUUCAUGGAAACCAUUCAACAUUACCAAGACAUUGAACGUACCUAUCAACAGAAAUACAGACAACGUGUGGAACGUCAAAUUCGUAUCGUGAAACCAGAUGCUACAUCAGACGAAAUAGAAAGAACCCUUGACAGUGAUGAAGCGCCACAAAUUUUCGCUCAAUCGUUGAUGCACUCAAAUCGGUCGGGGCAGGCACGUGCUGUUCUCAGUGAAGUGCAAUCGCGACAUGAUGAUAUCAAAAAGAUUGAGAAAACCAUUCUUGAACUGCAUCAACUGUUCGUUGAUAUGCAAAUGCUCGUCGAGAGUCAAGGUGAAACCAUCAAACAGAUUGAAAUGCAUACCGAAAGCGCCGUUGUCGAUUUAGAACAAGGCAAUAAGGAUAUUGCGCACGCUAUUGUGAGCGCAAAGAAAACACGUGCCAAAAAAUGGUGCUGUUUGGGCAUUGCCAUCAUUCUUGCCAUCCUCAUUGCCUUCUUCGUAUGGUGGUUCGCAUUCGAUCACGUUGGCGUCAAUUAAAAAACGGUGGAUCCUCCAAUCAUUCAACUUUUUUUUUGGCCAUAGUCACCCAUGUCCACCACCGCAUCAUUCUCCCCUUGGAUAUAAAACCACUGAAUACCAAGUCAAAUAAUACUACGUUUUCUAUUUUAUAUAGAUUUUACAUUAGGCUAAUAGAUAAAUGAAACGAAAUCAUUUCGAAUAAACAAGA